GCCUUCGUGCCCAAUUUUUCCUGGAAAUUCGAAGUAUAGAAAUUUUGGCAGAAGCUUUUUUUCCCGCGCUCUGUGAAUUCUCCAAUCCAUGGCUCCUAAAGCAGAUAACACUGAAGGAAUCGUGCUCAAUUUCGUGAACGAGCAAAAUAGACCAUUGAAUGUCCAAAAUGCGGCAGAUGCACUGCAAAAGUUUAACCUUAAAAAAGCUGCAGUACAAAAAGCCCUGGAUAAUCUCUGUGACAGUGGUAAGAUAUCAUUUAAAGAGUAUGGCAAGCAGAAAAUUUAUCUGGCUCGGCAAGAUCAGUUUGACAUCCCAGACACGGAAGAGCUUAAUAGAAUGAAGGAAGAAAAUGUCAAUCUACAAGAAAAGCUGAAUGAACAGAAGAAAGCCAUCAGUGAGGUUGAAGCAGAGAUGAAGUCUCUGCAGUCAAAUUUGACUAUGGAAGAGAUACAUGCUAAAGAAUCCAAACUGAGAAAAGAGGUUGAUGAGAUGGAAAAGAAACUAAUUAAAUUGCGGGAAGGUGUUACUCUUGUAAGUCCAGAAGAAAGAAAAGCCAUCGAGGGGUUGUAUUCGGAAGCCUUAAAUCAGUGGAGAAGGCGAAAAAGGAUGUUCAGAGAUGUAUGGGAUGCCAUAACUGAGAACUCACCCAAAAAUCCAAAAGAGUUUAAGGAGGAACUUGGAGUUGAAUAUGAUGAGGAUGUUGAUGUGAAUUUUCAGUCUUUUGCUGACCUGAUCCAGCAUGGCAAGAAGCGUCGCUAGAGGCUAGUGAUUAUAUUUACGUGUUACAUUUUACCGCAGGAGUAUACUUGAUCAGGUGUUCUAAGAGUAUAUAUUUGUAGACAUUGGAAUUGUGUAAUCUUGCCAUUUUGUAAUGUUAAUCUGCUUU